ACUCGCAGAGUUGUCAUGGCGUCUUUGGGACUGAAGCUGCUACUGCAAUUUAGCUAAAAUCGGUCGACAGUCUGUAAAUCGAAAUGGAGAAAAAUGCAAGCCUGCAUCGAGACACUGACGGGAGCACGCUGUGUGCCACGAUUGCAGGAGAGAUGGGCGAUGUAACUGCUGUCGGUGGAGUAAAAGGAACAGCUGAUCAAUGCAAGAAUAGUGAGGCUGCUCUCAGUAGUUUGGUCAACGUUAGUUGUAAUAACAGCAUCACAAAUGUGAGUGCUCCCGGCGCAGUGAAUGUCAUCUCUAGUGCUGGGAAGUCGGACGUGCUAGAAGUGAUCCAAGUCCUCCCCGUGCAGGAGGAUAAGAAGAAGAGGAGCGAGUCGGGGUCCGGGGAUCAGAUCAGUAACGGGAUGGGGCAUGACUCGGUGCUGGCUGCAAGAGAUAACGAGGGUGGUGCCUCAAAGUUAGUAAACAACACCUCUGACGGCCCGUCCUCACCUCCCGCUAUGGAGGGCGCAGAUGUGCAUGCUGAAGUGUUGACUUGUGCAGAAAGUGAACCGACAAAACUUGCCAAACCGACUCAUCUUUGCACGGACAACGCAAUAACGGCGCACGUCAGAUCGGGGCUGUCCGGUGAUCACACCUUAUCGGAGGGAUUGCCGAGUGGGAGUGACCCCGAUCCCAGCCUCGGUGGAGAGUCCCGAAGCAUUGAUUCCCUGGAGUCUUUCUCUAACCUCAACUCCUGCCCCAGCUCCGAUCUGAACAGCGAGGGGCUGGAGGACCGAGGACUGGCCCUGGCGCUGCAGGGCGAGUACGAGGCCGAUGGGACAAAGACAGCCUGUGCGAAGGAACGGGCCGCCGCCGGACAGUCUCUAUACCACAUCAAGUGGAUCAAGUGGAGGGAGGAGAACACGCCGAUCAUCACCCAGAACGAGAACGGCCCUUGUCCAUUACUGGCAAUCAUGAAUGUCCUUCUGCUUGCAUGGAAGGUUAAGAUGCCACCUAUGAUGGAAAUUAUUACUGUUGAGCAACUGAUGGAGUAUCUUGGAGACUACAUUCUGGAAACCAAGCCUAAAGAGAUAUCAGAGGCUCAGCGGCUAAACUAUGAGCAGAACAUGAGUGAUGCCAUGGCGGUGUUGCACAAGCUGCAGACGGGUCUGGAUGUGAACGUGAAGUUCACAGGGGUGCAGGUCUUCGAGUACACCCCAGAAUGCAUUGUGUUUGAUCUGCUCGACAUCCCUCUCUACCACGGCUGGCUGGUUGACCCCCAGAUGCAGGACAUUGUCAAGGCAGUGGGAAACUGCAGCUACAACCAGCUGGUAGAGAAGAUAAUAUCCUGCAAACAGUCAGACAACAGUGAGCUGGCAGGGGAAGGCAUCGUGGCAGAGCAGUUUCUGAGCAGCACAGCCACUCAGCUUACGUACCAUGGCUUAUGUGAGCUCACAUCCACCGUACAGGAGGGAGAGCUCUGUGUCUUCUUCAGGAAUAACCACUUCAGCACCAUGAUCAAAUACAAGGGCCAGCUGUACCUCCUAGUCACAGACCAAGGCUUCCUGACGGAGGAGAAGGUCGUCUGGGAGAGUCUGCACAACGUCGACGGAGACGGAAACUUCUGUGAUUCUGAGUUCCGGUUGCGCCCUCCGUCGAACCCAGAGACUGUGUACCGAGGCCAGCAGGAUCAGAUAGACCAGGACUAUCUGAUGGCGCUGUCGCUGCAGCAGGAGCAGCAGUGCCAGGAUGUGCAGUGGGACCAGCUGCCCGAGGGCAUCAGUGACCUUGAGCUGGCAAAAAAGCUCCAGGAAGAGGAGGACCGGCGCGCCUCCCAGUACUACCAGGAGCAAGAGCAGGAGCAAGCGGCGGCAGAGGCACAGCAGGACCAGCCAGAGCCGGCCGAGGGAGAGGAGGUGGACAGAGGAGGAGCAGGAGCAGGAGGAGGACCUGGAGGAGGAGCAGCAGCUGGCACUGGGAUGGUAGCUGCAGCAGGAGCCACACCCAGCCCGGGAAAACAGACCUCUAAUGUGGAGCGCAAAGCCAAGAAAGAAUCCAAGGAUAAAGACAAAUGUAUGAUUUUGUAACAUACAGUGUGUCUGUAUGAGUGUGAGUUUUAGGUGCAUUUGCUUAUGUGAGAAAGGGGGACUGCAUUUGUCUCUCCAUGUACUGGACACUUGGACAAACAAGGGAAGGAGACGUUAUGAGGAGAGAUGCGUUGAGACUAACAGAGGAUUUGCUGUUCCCACACCACUGGUGCCUGCUAUCCUCUAUCCUCAGUGGAACCUGGACACCAGAGGAAGGGACACUACAACGACAACUACCCCUUAUCUUUCAUACAGUCUGCCAAACUUUGUUACAAGUAGCACAGUGCACUAUAUUUGUGAUGUGGAGUCAAGUUUAUUCGGGGUGGUAUAUUUUAUAGCAAAAUACAUAAUCUGAAGAGACAAAAUGUCACCUUCUCUCCAUUUUACUUUUCCCAAAAAGUUCAAUCAUUUCACUCAUGUGUCAUUGCUGCAGCUUAUAAGCUUUUUUGUACGUAUCAAUAUUUACACUUUUUAUUUAUGUAUCUGUGUAAGAUACUUUUUAUUUUUCUGGAAGCUGAGAGGGAUUUGCUCAUAAUAUUGCCUGUAGGAAUUUGGUCAAACACUAUUUGUGUCCCCUCCGUAACACUAUGUACCGAAGGGUUCAUUAAUGGCAGAUAGCUGCCAGACUCUGUAGCUACGCAACAAAACUCAUCACAGUUGGCGCUGUUCAGAUUUGCCUUACCAGAGUAUGGCAGUGUUUUAUUCUGCUCUGUCUGAAUGUGAGUGUGUUUGUUUUGUGUGUAUUGUAUGUACAGUUGACUUGUGGUAAACACAUUUACUGAACAUCGCUGACGUUGAAGUUUCGGUUUGGAAUUAGACAAAUCUUUUUACGCCGUACAAGUUCAGUAAAGGAUUUGUCUUUCCUUUUAUGUUGUGAUUUUAUUUUACCAAAUGUAUGUUGAGGCAGUCAAACUGAAAAGAACGUUUCUGGUUUAAGUUGUUUCUGUGAGAGACCCAACUUUCUUGUGUGUGCGUGUGUGUGUGUGUGUGUGUGUGUGUGUGUAGGCACUAUCAUAAUCCCCUGUGUUUAGAAGUUCCACUGCAGUCACGCUUAAAAAGAAAUACUGCAAAACAUAGUUAUUUGCAUGUAAUCUUCUUGACAAGGGAAGUUCAUUUAAUAUUUCUCAACAGGUUAUUUUCCAGUAACCUGAAUCCAAAAUAUGUGACACAGAGAUUUACAACACAAGUUCAAACUCCAGUUACAAAGUAGGGAACCUGACUUGUGUCAUGCUGCUGUUUUCUCAAAUGGACGUUUCCUUUACCGUUCUCCACCAGUGUACAUUCAAUGUAUUUUUUUAGCCCCAUUCUGGGUAAAGAUUCUCAAAUGUCAAAUUCAGAGACGGAUACAUUAAUCAGUUAAUUGUUGAACAUUAGGUUUCUUUUACAAACUAAGUUUUCCUGGGGGCAUACAAUAUACUCUGAAUUCUGUGGUAUGGACUUUUUACUUGUGUGCAUUUCACUGCAGCGCGCAAACACGUGAUGUACAUAUUUACCUAAUGCAUUCUUAUAAUGGAUCUAGCUGGUGGUUUGUGCCAUUAUUGUACCAUGGGACUGCCUCCUGAGAGACUUUUCUAUCUAUACAUUCCAAGUGGAUGCCUUGACUCUAGCCUUCUGUUACAGACUGAGGGAGACAGUUUUUGCAGUGCUUGUAAAGCGGUCUCCAUUGUUGUGUUCUGUGAGAACGAGUUCACGGCCAGGAUAAUUACAUGGAGGCAGCAGGCUACCUACUGUGUGGGAAACCCUUUCUGGUGGGCUCCAUGUGACGGCUGGAGAUUGAGCUCCAUGUUUGUUUGGCCCUAAGGCCGCAUUUUGUAAAUAAUUAAACGCCUUACAACAUUUCAACACAUUUUAUAGGACAAAAGGAAACAGGUAGAUUUCCAGAACAAGACAAUCCAUGCAUUUUUUCACAUCAAAGAUACUCUCAGGCCUUUUGUGUAGGGACAUAUCCUCCAGUGUCUUUUAUGUAUUGGCACAGUUCCUCGGCCUAUAAUCACUUCCUAAAUCACAACCUUAAUUUCUGCGUAUGUAAACGCACAACUAUUUUAAAUAUGAAGGACACUAUAUUAUUUAAGACCCUCGUUGACUUUUACACUAAAGAAAUUAAUAAAGCUGCUCCUCUUGUGUACUUUGUGACUACCUGAAAGAAACAAAAACCUUGGACAGGGUAAAGAAACAUUGUUGAUUAUAUAUAUUUGACAUCGACUCUUUAGCUGUUUUUUUUUUUCAUUGAGCUUAAAAUAAUUACACAUAUAAUAAGGUGAAUGCAAGAAGGCAGUGAGGAAGUGUGGCAACAUUGCUUCUUUUUUUGUCCGUCUUUUCAGAAUUUCACCUCAUUUAUAUCUCGGCACAUCAAGUGAACAUGCUGAUUAAACAUUCUUGGGUGAAUAUUUAAUAACUUCACUUGGUGUCGUUUAAAAUAAUAUGGGAAGUUUUAUUUUGGCCGGUGUUUGUAUGAGUGAAAAGAGUGAAGUGACACAUGCCACCCAUUUUAAUUAUUUUAGAUUUACUACUGUGCAUUAGCUUGCUACCCCUCAUCAUUACUAUCAUAAUUUGAUAUUUUGUUGUAAUGUGUUUGUUUCACCCUAGUCCCUAAGACGGUUUGAUCAGAAGGAUAUUGUGUGUUCAAUGUCUCAAAGUGGUUUUUAUUGUAUGCCUUGUAAAAGUGAUGGUGGGGUAAAUACUGUAAAAUGUGUGUUUUGACAAGGUGGUCAUUGAACAAAUAGUCGUUGUAAUUGGUUUUGCACUGUUACAUUAAUAUGCACUAACAAAAGAGAAACAUACCUCAUUUUAUACAGAACAUAAAUUGUGCAAGAGUGCUAUUGUCCUUUGGGUACUUAAAAAAAAUGGAAUCAUGGCCAAAAGGAUUAACUCAACAUGGUCGGUUUCUUAAACCAGCUGAAUAAUAUUAAUUUGUAAAAAUAUAAAAGGGCUGUUACAUUCUUUUGGCUUGAAAUUAAAGUACAUUGGUCAAAACAACUAGUACCACUUUAAAGGAACUUGCUGCAGUUUGAUAUAUUCAGGUUAGAGGUACACCUAUACCAGACAACAGGAUACCAGUACAAGGCCUGAGUACCAGCACAGAGCUCAAAGACGACGAGGGACAUGUGAAUUACAACACAAGACUGAUGGGUUUCAGUUGAAUGGUCCAACAGAGGCAGUUUUUCUACAAAAUACAGAAGACAAUAGACAACCCAGGUACUCGACUCAAUCAGCAAAAAAUGGUGUAGGUGCACCCCUAAUUCAGGUAGUCCAUCUUUUAACUACACAACUUACUCAAAUAUGCUCACACCUUGACAAACAAAAAAGGGGAAAAGGCUGAUUUCUAAAGCUUAAGUGUCAUCUAUGUAGCAAAAAGAGGGACAUGUUCAUUCUUGUUAGAGACACAUGCAGUGUUGAACAAUCUAAAGGGAGCAUUUCUUUAAUGCAAUAUCAAACUCCCUGAUUGUACUUUGUGGUGCAUUUAGUGUGGACUUAAAUACUAGAAAGAGUAACGUUUUAUUAACUAUCCCAAAAAAUAUAAUUUCCACUGUAUGGCCCACUGUUUAUAUUUCACAUGAAACAUACAAGCAGAAGGAAGGUGUUUGUGAAUAUGGGAGGUUACUCAUUUGUGUUGAUUUCAAUGUUCAUCUAUUUACAUAAAUGACCAAAUAAUGUAUGUAGCCUUUCACAUCAGUCACAUAAUGUAUAUGGUGAUAUAUAUAACAAAAUGCCUUAUAGACGAGGGACAUUCAACCCGAUUAGAAGUACCACCACGAUAAUAAAAGACUAAGAUCAUAA